CAGCAGAGAGCGAUAAGCGGAGCUGUGUCAAUGGCGCUUUGUUCCAUUCUAUGAACUUUGAUGCUCCCGAGCGCCUCGCUACAUGAGCUCAAGCUUGCGGACUUUCUACAGCUGGAUUGGACCAGUGGUGGUGUUCCUCUCAGUGCCUCAAUGCCAAGCAACGAUAUUGGGGGAUGCCAUUGUCUCAGGAAAGCCUCUUUCAUUGAAUCGGUGCCUGGCCGCUGCAGCUUCCGAUAUCAACCUCAAUGCGGUGUCCACUGUGUGUCAUGAGGACAUCCAGCGGUUCUACUGCCGGAGGGUGCGUGAUGUUGCCUCCAAGAGAUAUACUGAGCGCUUUGUCUCUGGUUUUGUUGCCGGUGGUGAUAAGGACCCCGAGCUGGUCUUCCGCCCCUUUCAUCGGGCGACCAUUGCCUACGUCAUAUUGGCACAUCAGUUUCCAGAGAAUGUCAAGCGGCUUGUGUCCAGACUCUUUGUGCCCCUUGGAACUAUAUUUGCAGUGCAUAUCGAUGAGAAAAACCCAUCCAUGUUCAAUGAGCUUUCAAUCUGGGUUGUGGAAGAGGGCUUGGAUUAUGCAGUGCAGAUCUUUUCUGAGUUGAAUAUAGUCCGUGGUGGCCCGAACAUGCUCCACGCAGAGCUCCUAGGUAUUCGUCGUUUGUUGAACCACACCAUUCCAUGGGACUUCUGCAUUCUGUUGAGCGAACAGGACUAUCCAUUGAGAGGAAACGCCGUUCUUGCCGAAUAUUUGUGGGUGCACAGAGGCACAAGCUUUGUCUCCGUGGACGAGGGGGAGUGCGAACGAGAUGUAUCAUACCAGUGUGGAGACAGGGUCGUCUCAUUGUCUGGAGGUGUCCAAUAUCCAAAGAUCCCUGGAAUGAGAUAUGCCAGUGGGUCUCAGUGGUUUGCCAUUACCUAUCAACUUGCGGCUGUGAUUGGAACGCAUUUAUCAAACUCGUCAACCAUUGUGGGAACCAUCCUUCAUGACCUCAUCACAGUGAAGCAGCCGGAUGAAAGCUUCUUCCAGGCGGUGGUUCUGAACUCAGAGUUUUGCUCCCGCUACUCCGACUACACCCUGCACUGGACAGACAAGGACAGCAUGCGAGAAGUGCGCAGCUUGACUAGCGAGUACAACAUCAUGUCGCCUGGAGUGUUGAUCUUUCCGAGGGAUGUGGCCAAAGUGUCGGAAGUUCGCGACAAGUCUUUGUGGGCCUUCUUUGCACGGAAGUUUGACAACAGCCUUCAGAGCACUCAGUUGAAGGAUUCGCUGGAUAAACUAUCCAAGCAGAACAGCCGCAAGGUGUGGACCCGUGUACAGAAGCAUCAAGUGCCAGCGCUGUGGCGACUUACGCAGGUAUUGGCCAGCUCUUUCGCGGAUGUUGUCUCUGUGGACCGCUUGCAGCGUAAUGUGGACGGCCUUUUUCAUGUCCAAACCUUGCAGUUGCAGCUUGGGCAUGGGCGAACGACUCUGCUUCUUCGCGAGAAGCUUGCGAUGCCGUCGCGGUCAAGCUCACUUUUGGCCUUGAGGAUUGGAUGCGAUUGGAACAAGACUGACUUGGUAUUUGAUGGAGACGUGUCAGCUGUUGCUUCGUCAAGCUCUGGACUGUACAGUUGUCCGAGUUUGUGGGCAAUUGUGCACUGGCAAAUGUCGAAGAAGCCAGUGUCAGAGGACCUGCUUCUAGUCUGGAUUGAUCCUGGUGGGACUCCUAUGCAGCAUGCUCCGAUCAAGAUUUCAGAGCACUCAGUAUUGGUGUGGCACCGGUACACUGCAACUCAGCCCCUAUCUCCAGGAGAAUGGACAUUGGAGGUGCAGUCUAUGGAACAGGGCAUUCUUGCGCGGCGAACCUUCUUCGUUUACAGAGAACCUUCACAAAUUCCGUGGCACAAGGUGAAGGAGUUCUUUGACGUCCUACCAUCCUAGAUCCGAGCCUUUGACUGGACGCUGAACCAUAUGGUGGAGGGUCUUGGAGGACUUAGCUGAAGGUGCCGUGUAGUCGUGAAGAUUCUUACAUUCUGAGAUGCCAACAACUGCCCCAAGUUGCGAUUAGCGAUCAGCUUGGCUGCUGAAAGAUGACCUUCGGGACCUGGUCGAGCUGCAGGUUUCUUCCAUGAGGCCGCUGUCAAUCCCUAGCCUAGCCACAGCAAUCAACAAAAACACAUCGAGGACUUUAUCAGAUACUUUGCAAGCAUGCCUUUGGCACUUCGUUCGAGCUGCCGGGCUGAACUUGACUUGCACCGGGAAAGGCUGCGUGCCUUCUUUUUGAAGGCCACGGUGCCGUGGUGCCAUGCGACAAUUUGCAGAGAGUGGCCUUGCCAAAGCUAGCUAUGCUGGCUUGGGUGCUGGAAAAGCAAUCCAAAAUAGCAGUGGGUCGCAAAUAUCGUUCCAGUCCAGCCCUUCAUGCCCAGCUACAGGAUCAACGAAGGAUGUUGCGUUUGGUACGGUGAGGGUCGGGGUCGAUCAAGGGCAGCCACAUAGCCUCCUGUCAGACUCGUGAUUUGCAUGAAAAGGGUGAACAUGUACUUGGAACCCAGUUGCAGAGUUAGGUCAGUUGACAUUGUGUAGGUUGUAAUGUGUAUGUCAAUGUGUGAAGCCAUUGUGCGUUGCACUGCUUCGUCGCGAGUAGAGGCCAAAGAGCAAAGUAACAUGCUUGACCAAGUUUCCAUUUCUGACCAAGAGUUGUGAGACCGCAAAUGGAUGGUUUAGUUUUCCUUUGAAAGCUGCCUGACACAAGGUGGCCUUGUUGAAUCAGCAGUACCUCCUGC